AUGCGCGGACCGAUGCGCGGCCUCGCGCUGCUGCUCGCGGUCCGCGCCGCAGCGGCGGCCGGUGCGGGCGGCGGCGCGCUCGUGCUCGUGACCGUCGACGACGCCAUCCUGCCGCUGCGCCUGUCCCUCGACCGCGUGGAGGCCGACGCGGCGAGCGCCGUGACCAAAUUCGGCCUGGACGCGCGCGGCGUGGGCGCCUGCGCGACGGGCGACGCCGCGUGCGUCGCCGCGGCGCUCGUCCGCGAGGCGCGGACGCCCGCGCGCGCGGUGGCGUGCUCCCUCGACGCGCGCGGUACCGUCGCGGCCGACCGGCGCCGCGUCGACGUCGCGCUGGCCGUGGCGCGCGCCGGCGGCGCCAACGCGUCGGCGCCGUGGGCCGGCCGGCUCUUCGUCGACUACGGCGUCGGCGGCGACGCCUUCGCGGGCUGGGUCGACGUCUCGGCGGCGGAAGGCGGCGUCGUGAGCCUCUGGCUCCCCGGCCGCGGCGCGCGGGACCCGGGCGCGCUCGCCGCGACCUUCGCGGGCGUCGCCGACUGCGACGGCGCCACGUGGCUCCACGCGGCCCUCGCGCUCGACCUGCCCGGCGACGCCGACGGCGCGCCGCCGGGCGACGCGCGCGAGGUCGUCGGACAAAACAUGCACGGCGCGGUCGUCGUCGCGCGGCACCCGAACCUGGAAGGCGGCCGGGACACGCCCGUGCGCCUGCGGCUGCCGGCGACGCGCGGCGACGUGUACCGCGAGGCGCUCGCGGCCGUGGACCGCUUCGGCCUGGCGUCGGUCGCGGCCGGCGGCUGCGCGGCGGCCGACCGCGCGUGCUUCGCGCGGCGGCUCCUCGCGGAGGCGGAGCGGCCCAUCGAGGCGCCGCGGUGCCGCCUCCAUUUCGACCGGCCGCGCGACGGCGAGGUCCUCGUGCUGGGCCACAUCGACAUGGAGCUGAGCGUCGAGGUCGAGGCCGACGGCGCCUGGUCGCGCGCGGGCCGCUUCGCGGGGCGGCUCUUCCUCGACGCGUGGCCCAGCGACCCGGGCACGGCGCUCUUCACCAUGCCCCCGCUCCGCCAGUGGCUCGACCUCGAGCCGGAGCACGAGUCCUACUUCUCCGUCAAGCUCGCGCCGCCGCGGCGGAGGCCCGGCGGCGGCGGCACGACCGCGCCGCGCGUCUCGGGGACCGUGGACGUCAACGUCGUCGCCUACGGCAGCGUCGCGGGCUUCUGCGAGCCGACGUACCUCCACGGGACGACGCGCGUCACCUACCGGCCCUUCCACGAGCCCUCGCCGCCCGCGCCCGUCCUCGACCGCGCGGCGCUCGCCGCGCGGCCGGACCCGCGCGCGGAGCUCGGGCUGACCUGCGCCUACGCGACGAUCCUCUACGACACGUCCGAGGACACGGGCUACGCCCACGGCCUGCUGGCGCUGCGGCGGUCGCUCGUCGAGGCCGGCGCGGCCGACCCGCUCUACGCGCUUCUCGGGGACGGCGUCGACGCGCGGACGCGCGCCGCGCUGCGGGCGACGGGCGUGCGCCCGGUGAACGUCUCGCGCGCGGCGCCGGGCGAGGAGUCGUCGGCGCUCCCGGCGCUCGGCCUGGGCCAGUGGGCGAAGCUCCAGCUCUGGAAGCUGCCCGCGGACCGCGUGUUGUACUUGGACGCGGACGUCGUCGUCCUGCGCAACAUCGACGAGCUCUUCGCCGCGCUCGAACGGCGCGGCGGGCCGCCGGCGCCUUUGGCCGCCGUCGACGACUACUUCUCCGGGGGCGUGCUCUUCCUCGCGCCGAACGCCGCCGAAGAGACGGCGUUCGCGGACACGCUGGCGCUGGACUCCGGGCGCUACGUCUACGGCGAGCAGGACUUUUUGAACGUCCACUUCGGCGGCGCGCACGCGCGACUCGGCUCGGAGUACAAGUGCCUCGCCAAGGACGUCCCGGAGAAUCGCAGCGCGCUCGCGUCGAUCUGCGCGGUCCUGGAGUUCUCGAGCUGUCCGACGCGGUGGGGCGGCGCCUGGAAGCCCUGGCACGGCAUGGCCAUGCUCGCGGACCCGGACUUCAAAAUAUGCACCUUCCGGCCCACCGGCGACUUCGAGAACCUCGUCGACGUCUGGCGGGGCUUCCACGAACGAGCGCUCGCGGACCUCGCGGCCCGCGGGCUCCCGCCCCUGCCGGACCCGGAGCCCUACUCCCACGCGGCGUAG